CAAUUCAGAAGACAGAAUUCUCUUUUGCCUCAUCGUAUAAGUGGAAGAAAAUCAUCAGAAAGGCAUUUAAAGCGAAAAAAAAAAAUUACUCUACAUCGCGUUGAACAGACUGAUGUAGUCAUUGAAUUGUUGAACGGAAAACGUAUCGAAGUUAGCUGUCGGUCUGAUGCUAUUGCUUUUGAGGUAGCCGACGUUGUCAUGAGGCACAUGAAUUACACUGAGAAUUCUUUCUUUGGACUCACAGUUUUAAAAGAUGGCGAACACUUUUUUCUUGAUGACCAUCAGCGACUAGAAAAAUUCGCUCCACCAGGUUGGAGGAAUGCACGGCAAUUGGCCCCUAAAUCCAUUUACAUACUUUAUUUGCGAUUUCGAUAUUAUCCAGCAUCUCUUGAUUUCAUCAAAACGAAUAUAGUUCUACAUGAACUGUAUUUGCAAUUACGACGAGAUUUUCUGGAUGAUAAUAUUCAGCCACCGCGAGAAAAAGUCUUCGAAAUGGCAGCUCUUGCUUUACAAGCUGAAUUUUCUGAUCGGUCAAAUACAUCCAUUAUUGAUUAUUUCAAUAUUGAAUAUUACUUGCCCAAAAGAUAUAUUGAUAAUAAUAAUCUGAAACGAAUGGUGACAGUUCUUGCCGAAUUUCAUAGCCAGUACAAAGGAGUGACAAAUCAACAAGCUGAAAUUCAGUUUAUUUUGGCUUGUCAGAAUUUGUCAGAUUAUGGUGCGCACUUACAUCGUGUUUUCAAAUCAAAACCUUCCUAUAAUCUCGGAAAUACUCCUUUUGGCGAUCCUCAAACGGGAAUCGCUAACUGGAUUGGAAUUUUAACCCGUGGGAUCAUUGAAUGUGAAGAACAGAGUGGAAGACGCAUAAUUAAUGAACACUUAUGGCAAAACACGCAAACAUUGCAAUUUGACAAAAAAAGAUUCGUUAUUGUGUCGGAAAAAGUAACGCCCCUACGAAGUGUUUUCUUUACGGAUCAUUAUACAAAAUUUAUUCAUUUAUUCUUCUAUUUAUUUUGUUACUUCCCUAUCUUUCUCGCUUAUUUUGUUCGUUUUGCUGCAUCUCAGCAUCGAUUUAUGAUCAAAAUGCGGCAGUGGAAACAAACGUUACGUCCUGGCGAUUCUAAAUAUAUGCAACAAGCACUAUUAAAUGUUGAAAAAACAGAAAAUGUUCAGUUGGAAUCUUUGACAAAACGUGAUAGAUUUAUUCCCUUACUUGUUGAAUCUGAAUGUCCGUCCACAAACGCAAAAGAAACAGAAAGCCGACAAUUCGACGCUGAAGGUAACUCUAUAGUAGAAGCUGUGGAAAAUGGGGAUGGCUACAAGUUUGAAGUAAUUCUUGAAAAAGAUUCGAGAAUGGGGCUCGGUCUAACUCUUGUAGAUGGUAAUCUAAAUGGUAUCAAGGGUGUUUAUGUCAAAUCAGUUAUAGAAGGAGGUGCAGGAAUGAAUGGAGGCAUUCUUGUUGGCGAUCGAUUAUUAAGCAUUAAUGAUAUUUCUCUGAAAGAAAAAGAUCGUCAUGCAGCUGUAGAUUUGGUUAAAGAGAGCGGUAAUCGAGUUCGACUUGUGUUCACUUUCUUAUUUUUACAAAAUGUUUUUAUGUUUUCAUUCGUGUAUUUAGUAAAUCGAUCAAGAACGCCACCAGUACAAAAGAAGCGAGCCGAUAUACCCAAGAAACGCAUUAGAGCUGUUAGUGACUUUGGAGCAGUUGGUGACAAUUUACCUGAAUUGAACAGUGAAGAAAUUCUUCAACAAAACAAUAUAAGAAACACAUCAAAAGCAUCAUGUAAUCUCGAUGGAUUGGAAAAUGAUUUAGAUUGGGAUGAGAUAAUAGCCAACUCAUCUUACACAUCUGAUUUCAAUGAUAAUUAUGAUAUGAGAUAUCCGGUUUUGUUGGAUAAUGUUGAUGGCCAAAGUAAUGAUUUCUCACGAAUAACUUUCGUUCAUCUUAAUCGGAAUGAAUCAGGAAAUCUUGGAGUACAGAUUGCAUCAAGUGGUGGAUCCGUAUAUAUUAAGCAAUUAACUGCAAAUCCUGCACUUUCUCAUCCGAAUAUUCGUAUUGGUGAUAAGCUUAUUAUGGUGAAUGGACAAAAAACUCAAAAUUUAACUCAUCAACAAGUUGUUGACUUGCUGAGAAAUAGUGGUAAUGCUGUAGUUCUGGGUCUGGCACAUCCUGAGACUCAAAAUAAUGAUCUUUUGGACGACAAAGAAGAGAUUAUCCGAGUUGUUUUGGAUAAAUCACCCACUGGUUCACUUGGCCUCAGUUUGGCGAAGAAGACAGGCUUAGAAGGUAUUUUUAUUCGGACUAUUGGUGUAGGUAGUGCAGCUGAUGUUGAUGGCACUUUGCGCGUUGGCGACAAGUUUUGGGAGAUAAAUGGUCAGUCUGUGAACAAUUUAACGCCUGGUGCGGUUGUUAAGAUGUUGAAAAGCUCUUCUAAUCCUAUCGAAAUUGUGGUGAAGCGGUCAGUUAGCUGA